CCCAUUUUAAAAUGGAGAAUUCUCCUGUGUCAGAGCUGAGCUUUAUGCCAACGUUUUCUUCAAACCAAGAAUCUGAGGGAGACAAGACAAGCUUUGAAACCGCUGCAUCGUCAGUGAAUUGUUUUGCCGAGGUUGUUGUGACUCAAAAUUACCCAGAUAUGUCAAGGGGUGUUACAAUAUCAGGUAACGGAGUGGCAACAUUUGCUGUAAGUUCAAGUGGAGCUCUCACUUGUCCAGGUGGUGUGCUUAACAAUCAAGUAGCAGUUGUGACAGUUCCUGAAAGCCAGUUGUUUGCUGUCCAGCAGCCUGAGCAAGGUGAUUCAAUUCAACAAAACACUGACUUAAACAAUGAAGAUGAUGUUACAUCUGUCACUCCCAGUUCAUCAAAUGUCACAGAUCCUAAUGAACUAACCAUAAAUGUGCUACCACCUUCCACUUCUCUCCCAGAGGGUAGUGUGUUAGCAGAGGAAGCAUCAAAUACUGCACCCACAGGGGUUAAGAAAAGAAAAGGUGGUUGGCCUAAAGGUAAAAAAAGGAAGAAAGGAUUUGGUGAUUUAAAUAAGCCAAAGGCCCCAAUUACUGGGUAUGUGAGGUUUAUCAACAGUCGACGGGCUGAGGUGAAACAACAACAUCCUCAUCUACAGUUUUCAGAAAUAACAAAGAUACUUGGUUUGGAGUGGAGCAAUCUUCUGCAAGAGGAGAAACAGAAAUACUUGGAUGAAGCUGAGGAAGAUAAAAAACGUUACAUUGAAGAGCUUAAAAUUUAUCAACAAUCUGAACAGUACCAGGCAUUCAUAAAAAGACAAAGUGCCAAGAAACUCAAGUCCAUUGUUGGAGUAGAUACCCCUGAAGAAGUGCCAUCUAGCUUGUUGUUAAGUGACCAAGUGGAAGAUGAUUCCAAUGAAUUGUACUGCAAAGUUUGCAACCAGUUCUUCAGCUCCUUACAUAACAAGAAGGAACACUUAUUUGGAAAACAGCAUCUUUUGAUGCUUACAGGCGAAUUUGAACGUGAAGCUGAACAAAAUGCCAACGGCACAGAGAAAGUUCCAAAUGACUCUCCUGACCUGACUCCUUGUAACACUGUCUCAGAUACUAUAGGAACAUCACUGAUAUCAGAUGAAUCAAUGGUGUCUAUCUCACAGUUUACAGAAAAGUUCUUGGAACAAAACUUAAACAGAGAACUGGAACUGAGAGAGCUUAGAAAAGUGGUCCUCAUGUCACAGGAGGAGAACAUGACACUCAACAAAGACAUGGAGGAGCUUAAGAAUUUAUUGCAAAAAGUAGAAGAUGAUCUUGGGUCGGUGAAAGCUUACGGAGCGUCACUUACAGCUCAACUUAAUAGCUUAAGGAUGGUGCCAACUCUGUUUGGGGUGAUUAACUUUUAGAUCGGACCUUGAAAUAAUACUCCACAACUCUACCAUCAAGGACCGUCCAACUUUGCCCUUAAUGGUUCUGAAGUUGAUUUGUAACUGACAAUCACAAUGAAUAACGCAAUAGUAUGCAGUUGUCUGAGUAAGGCUUCAAAUGUUGCAAAGCAACGUGGAAACGAGUACGUGAGCGUUCUGGGUGUGUACGAUUACCUGUGAUCAACCAAGUUGCGAACAUGUCUGCGUUUACUUGUUGCAGGCAUUCUGAAACUCCAGGAACCUGAAUUUUUUCCUGUAUAUUGUUAUACUUCUGUUUCAUCGUGCAUGUUUUGCCUUGCAGCCCGAACCAAC